AUGGCGAAUUUGUGCUUGUUCUUGAUGUUGAUAAUUGGGGUUCUUUCAUGUUGCCAAAAGCCUGCAAGUUCUCAAGUCAUCAAUGGCGAUGAUGAUCUUUUCACUUUGUUAGCCAUUAACAAGGAGCUUAGAUUGCUCGAUUGGGACGAAAAUGGACUCAAGAACAGCUCAAAUUACUGCAUGUGGCCUCACAUUACUUGUACCUCCGAUCAUUCAUCUGUCGAAAAGCUUGUUCUUUCUCAUCUAAGCCUACAAGGACCAAUACCUGAUGAGCUUGAAGGGCUUGAAAGAUUACAAGAUUUCCAAAUAUACACCAAUCAUUUGAACGGAAGUAUACCCAUUUGGGUGGGAAAUUUGACGAAUCUUAAGGUGUUCACAGCUUACGAAAACGAGCUAAAUGGCAAAAUCCCCGAAACUUUAGGUUCUUUAUCCGAACUUCAAUUGUUAAACCUUCAUUCCAACUAUCUCGAAGGAUCGAUUCCGAAGAGUGUUUUCAUUAACGGAAAAUUAGAGUUUUUGGUUUUGACUCAGAAUAAACUGAGUGGUACUUUGCCUGAAGCCAUCGGAAACUGUAAACAUCUUUCCAGUAUCAGAAUCGGUGACAAUGAUCUCAUCGGGAACAUCCCAAGAGAAAUCGGGAAUCUUAGCAGCCUCACUUAUUUCGAAGCAGAUAACAACAAUCUUUCCGGUGAGAUUGUGUCGGAGUUUGCUCAAUGUACUAAUCUCACCCUCUUAAAUUUAGCUUCAAACGGGUUCACCGGAAUCAUACCUUCUGGUCUCGGUGAAAUGAUCAAUCUCCAAGAACUGAUUCUCUCCGGGAACAGUCUUUUUGGAGAGAUUCCCGUUUCUGUUCUUUCCAACAAGAAUCUUAACAAAAUUGAUUUAAGCAACAACCGAUUCAACGGAAGCAUACCUCAAAGUGUUUGUAACUCAUCGAGAUUACAAUACUUGUUGUUGGGACAGAAUUCAUUGAGAGGGGAAAUACCGAAUGAAAUCGGGAAUUGUGUAAAGCUUCUAGAAUUACAGCUGGGUGGUAAUUAUCUAACCGGAACAAUCCCCCCUGAAAUCGGUCGAAUCAAGAACUUGCAGAUCGCUUUAAAUUUAAGCUUCAAUCAUCUUUACGGAACUUUACCUCCCGAUUUAGGAAAACUCGACAAAUUGGUAUCUUUAGAUCUUUCAAACAAUCAACUCACAGGCAACAUCCCAUUGGCGUUAAAAGGUAUGUUAAGUUUAAUUGAUGUAAACUUUGCAAAUAAUCGCCUCUCAGGUCCCAUACCAACUUUCACCCCGUUUCAAAAGAGCCCAAAUUCAAGCUUUUGGAAGAACGAAGGUCUUUGUGGGUACCCACUGAAUUCCUUUUGUGGGAAUUCAAACGGGUCGGAUCCAUCGUUUCAUCACAGGGUUUCUUACCGGAUCGUGUUGGCGGUUAUCGGGUCGGGUUUGCUGGUGUUUCUAUCCGUUACUGUGGUUGUUCUUUUGUUCAUGAUGAGAGAGAAGCAAGAAAAGGCUGCGAAAACAGUUGGAAAUGAAGAUGAAGAAAUCGAUGAUAAUACAAACAAACCAUUGGUAAUAUGUGGAAAUGUGUUUGUUGAGAAUUUGAAACAAGCAAUCGAUUUUGAUGCGGUUGUGAAAGCAACACUAAAAGAUUCUAACAAGAUUAGUAGCGGGACGUUUAGUACGAUCUACAAAGCCGAAAUGCCUUCGGGUUUGACUUUAUCGGUCAAACGGCUUAAAUCGGUUGACAAAACUAUCAUUCAUCAACAAAACAAGAUGAUCCGUGAGCUCGAGAGGCUUAGUAAUCUUUGCCAUGAGAAUUUGAUUAGACCAAUCGGGUUCGCGAUAUACGAAGAUGUGGCUCUUUUGUUGCAUGAGUUUUUAGCCAAUGGGACAUUGGUUCGGUUUUUACAUGAGUCUAGUAAGGAACCCGGGUACAAGCCUGAUUGGCCUAUGAGGCUUUCGAUUGCGGUUGGGGUUGCGGAAGGGUUAGCUUUUUUGCAUCAUCUUGCUAUCAUUCAUCUUGAUAUUUCUUCGGGAAACAUUUUUCUUGAUUCCGAUUUUAAGCCGUUGGUUGGUGAAGUUGAAAUCUCGAAGCUUUUGGAUCCGUCUCGUGGCACGGCUAGUAUUAGCGCGGUUGCAGGCUCGUUUGGUUACAUUCCUCCAGAAUAUGCGUACACGAUGCAAGUAACGGCUCCAGGAAACGUGUAUAGUUUUGGGGUGGUAUUACUGGAGAUACUGACAACGCGGGUCCCGGUUGAUGAAGAGUUUGGGGAAGGUCUGGAUCUGGUGAAGUGGGUUCAGGGUGCACCGGGGAGAGGUGAAACCCCGGAGCAGAUAUUGGACGCGAAGUUGAGCACGGUUUCAUUUGGUUGGAGAAAAGAAAUGCUUGCAGCAUUGAAGGUGGCUCUGCUUUGCACGGAUACCACACCAGCGAAGAGACCGAAAAUGAAGAAGGUGGUGGAAAUGCUUCAAGAAAUCACAGAAAAUAAGUGAAAGAAAAUGAGAUCUUUUAGGUGGUUUUUGUAUGAUAGGAGUGGGAGAUUGGGUUAUUGUGUAUGUUUAUGUUGUAUGAACUUGAAGAAUUGGACAUAUACGUAGCCUUAAAGUGUAUUAUGGUCAUGGAUGUAAGUUUUGGCUUCCCCACUUUUAUGUAUGAGGAGAUUAAUGUCGUUCCUUAUGUAUUUUAUUUUUGGUAAUAAACUUUUAGAAUUUGUUAUUUGAAAACACGAAUAAA